CUGUGUGACUUACUUUUAUCUGAGGUACCUUGAGUUCAGGGACUCAGAGAAGAGCUAAUGAAGGAAGACUGGUGGGGCUGGAGGAGUAAACAGGAGGUGUUCGGGUUCUGGGUGUGGACUCUGGUGGCUGCUACACACGUCGCAUACCCCCUGCUGCAGGGAUGGGUGCUGUAUGUCUCACUCACCUCCUUUCUCAUCUCCCUGAUGUUCCUGAUGUCUUACUUGUUUGGGUUUUACAAACGAUUUGAGUCCUGGAGAGUCCUGGAUAGCCUGUACCACGGCACCACAGGCAUUCUGUACAUGAGUGCCUCUGUCCUGCAAGCAUAUGCCACCAUCAUUUCUGAGGGCCACAACCUGGGCCACUACUACAUCAAUGUUGCAGCCUCGUUCUUCUCCUUCCUCACUACGCUGCUCUAUAUCCUGCACGCCUUCAGCAUCUAUUACCACUGAAGUGCAGGGAGAACCAAACCCGGCGAGACCCCAGAGGCUGCCUGAUUAUCCCUCAAAGCAGGUCUUGUCAUUUGCCAACCGGGUGAUAAACCCACCAAGCCACCCGCCGGGCCAAUAGACCAUCUUUCUGGAACGAUGAGGAGACUCAUUUUGGACCUUUAUAUUCUUUCUGGUGACUAUGAGAAAACUACCCCCUCCACCAAAUAUGAUUGCCCCUCUUCCUCCCCUGAAGAUCCCUCCUACCCUGGCUGCCCUGAAGAUGACUGCCUGCCUUUUGGAGUUUCCCAACCGUGAACUCAGCUGAGCUCGGCUUUUCUAGAAAACUAACCUGGAACCUCCCAGGCUCCAUUCAGCCACCCCUGCUAUUGCCCCCGUCCAGGAUCUCUUUGUUAAUGGUGCUCUGUCUGAUAGGUUUAGGACGUAGUCAAUCUUUUCUCAAACAGGCAAGGCUCCACAAAGGCUUGAUGGCCUACUGGCCUUGCACACACCUUGCUUGUAGCUCGUGCUAUGGCCCUGGAGCAGUUGUCUAGACCUGCCUUCCCCACCACUCCCCUCUCCAACCCACCACACCCCUACUUCCCAGGUAUUGAGGUCAGGGCUCAAGGAAAAUGUACAUAAAACCAACUUUGAGGGUAAAUUUGUGGAUGAUAUCGGCUGCUGGGUUUGGGGAGUCAGAAUGGGAAAAAUGCAUACACCGGAGCCUUCAGAAACUACAGGGCAGGGCUCGGCGUGCCUGUGUGGAACUUCAAAGACCAACCUCCUAAGGACCAGAGGCAUCCUUGGCCUUUAGAAAAGACUUCAGCAAAGGAGAUUGGAACAUCAAAACCGUAGGUUUACUUUCAGGCUCCUCCCAGAAAGCCUGUGGUUGUAGGGGCCGGGAAAGGACCCGGAUGGAGGUCUACACUCACUUCUGUGUGCUCUCAACUCUUCCUGGGGACCCUCUGGGCAGGGCCAGCCUGCAGGACACAUCAUGGAUGGGUGUUUGCAUUUGGGGGCCUUUGGGCUUUUUCCAAGGACAGGCCUUGUGAAAAGAAAAACAGGAAGUCUAGUGAACAUUCUCUGGAGUUAGCUGGGCUCUCCGUCACCAUCUGGGCAUGUCUCAGCCCCUUGACAAGAGCCCCUGCACACCAAGGGUCCUCACCCGACAGUCCAACCAUCUAAAUAAUUACCAAAUCUAACUUUCCUCCAUUUGUGUGUGGUGGUGGUGGGGCCUGAGGCGUGUUGGGGGGCGCUGGGACAUGGGUGUGUGUGUGUGUGUGUGUGUGUGUGUGUGUGUGUGUGUGUGCAGGCUUAGCUUCACCACUGUUUACCAGUUACUAAUUGUGCCAAUGUCUUGAAAAGCCACCACUUUUUUUUUUUUGUAGCCUGGGAAUUGUCUGUGAUCUUCACCAUUGAGUAUUUUCUG